AUGCUUCCUUCUCCAGCCAUCUUCCCUAUCCUCCCAACUCCUAUCAAACAAGGCUGGCACGGCCUUGGUCUGCCCAGCUGCCCCCCGUGUCCUCCCUCCCUCCAGGCUUCCAGCUGGCCCCCUGUCCCCCCGCCCCGGUCAGUGCGGCCCACUGGCCUGUUUUUUCUGUUGCAGGACCACCUCCAACAGUGCCUAUUUCAAGCUGUGCAGUGUUCUAAUGAGAACUGUCAGGAACAAGUCCUUCGGAAAGAUCUGAAAGAACAUUUGAGUGCACAUUGCCAUUUUCGAGAGGAAAAAUGCCUUUAUUGCAAAAAAGAUGUGGUAGUAAUCUAUCUACAGAAUCAUGAAGAAAACUUGUGUCCUGAGUACCCAGUAUCUUGUCCUAACAGGUGUUUGCAGAUUAUUCCAAGAACUGAGGUGGAUGAACACCUCGCUGUGUGUCCUGAAGCUGAACGAGACUGUCCUUUUAAGCACUAUGGAUGUACUGUAAAGGAUAAACGGGGGAACCUGCAGGAGCAUGAGCAUUCAGCCUUACGGGACCACAUGCUUCUGGUUUUAGAAAAGAACUUCCAAUUAGAAGAACAGAUUUCUGAUUUAUAUAAGAGCCUAGAGCAGAAAGAGAGUAAAAUCCAGCAGCUAGCAGAAACUGUAAAGAAAUUCGAAAAGGAGUUCAAGCAGUUUGCACAGCUGUUUGGCAAAAAUGGAAGCUUCCUCUCAAACAUCCAGGUUCUCGCCACUCACAUUGACAAGUCAGCUUGGCUAGAAGCUCAAGUGCGUCAGUUAUUACAAAUGGCUAACCAGCAACAAAAUAAAUUUGAUCUGAGGCCUUUGGUGGAAGCGAUUGAUACAGUGAAACAGAAAAUUACCCUGCUAGAAACCAAUGAUCAGAGACUAGUUGUUUUGGAAGGAGAGACUAACAAACAUGAUGCCCACAUUAAUAUCCAUAAAGCCCAACUGAAUAAAAAUGAAGAGCGAUUUAAGCUGCUGGAAGGGGCCUGCUAUAAUGGAAAGCUCAUCUGGAAGGUGACGGACUAUAAGAUGAAGAAGAGAGAGGCACAGGACGGGCACACGGUGUCCAUCUUCAGCCAGCCUUUCUAUACCAGCCGGUGCGGCUACCGGCUCUGUGCUAGAGCAUACCUGAACGGGGACGGGUCUGGGAAAGGGACACACCUGUCGCUGUACUUCGUGGUCAUGCGAGGGGAGUUUGACUCCCUGUUGCAGUGGCCAUUCAGGCAGAGGGUGACCCUGAUGCUUUUGGACCAGAGUGGCAAAAAGAACCACAUUAUGGAGACCUUCAAGGCCGACCCCAGCAGCAGUAGCUUUAAAAGACCCGACGGGGAGAUGAACAUCGCGUCUGGCUGCCCCCGUUUUGUGGCUCACUCCACUUUGGAGAAUGCCAAGAACACCUACAUUAAAGAUGACACCGUGUUCCUGAAAGUGGCUGUGGAUCUAACUGAUCUGGAGGAUCUCUAGUCCCUGUUUCUGGGGUGAGGAAGGGCGUGUUGGGCCCAGAACCAUGGAGGAGGACACCUGUGAUUAUCAUAUGGACGGACUUGGAGCUCCCUACACAUUUGUAGUUGGCUUUUUGCCCGUGGUGUUUGAAGUCCGUUUAAAACUUCUCAAGUGCUAUCAUCUUUUUACAUUUUACUCUGUCCCAGUUUGAAACUUAAAACUUAGACUAUCCUCUCAUUAUUUAUAUUUUUAUAUCUCUUAAAAAGAUGUUAAGUUCCUUGAAAGCAAGGUCUGGGGCCUGUCGUUUUUACUGGUGCUUGAUAGUGUCUCAGGGUAGGCACUGUGGGAAAUGUUAUUGAGGACACAGAGGAAGAAUUAAAAAUGCUUUGGCAUUUUAUUACUUGGCCUGCUGAUUCUAGACCCGACCGUAAGCCUAUAAAAGCCAUCUUUCAGGAUAGGCUGCCCCAAUUACAUAGUUGGAUGGCGUACUUUCAAAGACAGUGUGCCCAGUUUGGACCAGACUUUAUUUGGUCAAAUGCUAAAUUUGUGGAAAUUACUAUACCUCUAAAUAUUUUCAUUAAAAAUCAGUCAGCAAGUACAGUUUUACAAGGCUGCAUUAGAACUGGUGAAUAGAGAAAGAUUUUCAUUCUUCCUGUUGAAGUAAACAGAAAAUACUGCGUGGUGUGUGUGUGUGUGUGUGUGUGUAGAAGGAUACAGUAUAUACAUAUAUAUAUGGAGAUGUAGGCAUCCAACUAAAGUUCAUAUUUUAUUAGGUUCAACCAUGUGAAAAAACUACUUUCAUACAUCAGAAAAUGUCAAGUAUUAACAGUUUCAAGAGGUUCAAUUUAGUACUUGUACAUGUAUGCACCUGUAUAUAUAUACACCUAGUUUAAAGGUAUUUUGGUAAUAAUAGUAAGUUAAUGUGAGGAUGGGCAGAAUUUAGCAUAUGAAUGAGAAAAUGUCAUAAAUGGAUAAGAGAAAUUUAAAACCUAGGGAGAACACCAUUUUUAUUCCUGUGGUAUCAAAAGUAUUCUCAUCCCAAACUGAUUGCAAAAAGCAGUAUCUCCUAUUCUUUUUUUUUUUUAAGUCAAUAAAUUUUUAUUUAAGGAAUUUUACAUGUGAUUCCUUCCGCUUCCAAUCACCAUAGUUCCUCCGAAGUCAGAAUCAUAAUCUUCAAAAUAGCCCUUUUAAAAAGAACUUGUUCAGUCCACAGUUGUCACUGUCCGUCCAGAGUUCUUUCGGUUGGGCUUCUUCAAUCUCCACUUGAAUAUGGACAUACUUCAAAAACUCCCCACCUGUAAUCUUUGGGAUCCAAUGUCUUUACUCCAGGGCCCUAGAAGUCAAAUUGUAGAAGUACACUGAUUGCUAUUUUGGCAAAUAGAUCUAAUUGUUUCUAAUGUUGAAAAGUCGUAACAGAAAUGUUACAGUCGUCAUUGUUACCACGACAAUAAACUUGCUGUGAUGGAAGCAUAA